AAAGAAAGGGGAACCAGGAACAAGAGGAUCUCGUAUAGCUGCUCCGGUUAUUACCAAGGCACCUUCAAACGUAGUUACAAAUGAGAGACUCACGGCUAGUAUGCACUGCCAAGCAGACGGCUUUCCCAAACCAAAAAUUAGUUGGCACAAACCGCAGUCGUCUGUUCCAGCAAUGAGGUCCAGCGUAACGGAAAACAAUAGCCUGGUGCUAAUCAAUGUGCACAGUUACGACUCGGGCGCUUACGAGUGUCGUGCAGAAAGUUUGUUUGGAUCAGCAGCAGCAUUUGCUAGUCUAGUGGUUCGAGUGCCUGUGAGGUUUGACUACGUUCCUCCAAGAAAAGUGUAUGUGACGCCAGGUCAAUCUAUACGUUUGCGAUGUUCAGCCACCGGGUAUCCGCAGCCCACAAUUACUUGGUCACGUGGUGCAGAAGGCUUGCCUAAAGGAGCAUACUUUUCUAAUGGAACUCUGACGAUAAAAGAUAUUUCUGAUGUUGAACUGGGUCAAUAUUCAUGUGUUGUGAGAAAUAUACUUGGUCAAAAGUCUUACUCCCUCGCGUUGGCUUACAGAGGCAAAGUGACUUCUAUCGGUUAUGGAGUAGAAGUGCGAGAAUUUUCAGACUUAAUACUUAACUGCAAACUCUGUUUUAAACUUGGAGCAAAAUUCAACUUUACGUGGAGUAAGAUCGAAGGCGAAUUACCCCUAGAGAGGGCGUACCAAACGGGAUGCGCAUUAGUGGUCUCGAACGCGACCAUGAACGACACUGGAAAGUACUUAUGCUCAGGCAGGUCAGUAGACAGAGUGUCUGACGAGUCGAUACGUGCGAUCCUUGAGGUAACUGUCAUUGGUGCUCCUAAAAUCACAACAUUAUUCAAGGACGUCACACUCGUUCAUCCAGGUGGGGAUCUAGAGCUCAAAUGCUCGGCCGUCGGACCGCCACAUCCCGUCGUGACGUGGACCAAAGGGUCACAAAAGGUCUUAACAAACGAUUCUGAAACAGCUGUGCUACUUAUAAAAAAGGCAGGAAAAGACGACGAGGGAGAGUACCGUUGCUAUGCGACCAACUACCUGGGAGAAGAUGUAGUGGAAACUGUCGUCUAUCUAAUCGGUCUGAUGUCAACAAAUAAUUAG